UCUGGUGUUUAUGUCUUACAGCGUGCCCGCGACUCGUUUAAAUGUAUGGUACAUCAGACGCCAGACGGAGAUGACUACAACAUAACUCCCUGUUGUGGAAACAUUAUGUGCACGGAAUGCUUUGCGACGCUAGUGCAGGAUGAAAUAAAAAAAAACAAGGACAAGAAAGCGGGAGAGCCGUUAUUUCAACAUCUGUGUCCUAGCUGUCGCAGCCCGAACUGGAAGCAGCUACGCAAUCUCGGAUGGAUAAAAGGAGCAGCUGAUGACAGCGGCAAAACAGUGGACAGUAUCCAGGCCGCCAUCGCUGUUGGCGGUCGACCGCCAUGUGAAGAUGCGACUGCUCAGGCCUCUCUGCCAACCACCGUAAAGGCUUCUCCUCGGGCACAAAUGGAAUUUUGCCGGAACGUCGCUGAAAUAAUCUUUCCUGGCCUAGAUGCCCGUGCCACCCAACUCGGCUACAUCAUGCUGACUGGUGUAGAAUUGCGGUGGUUUUUGGAGGCCAGCGGAAGCCAGUACUAUCGCAUGUUGCACGCCAACGAAGCGACCGUAUUUGAUUACGGCAACGUCGCCAAACUGAUGGAGAAGCUGGAUACUCCUGUGGCCGCCGUCAAGAGUACGGCGCUGGCUGAUUCGCUUUUCCGCCCAUCCGGUCUGCUGGACAGUAAGGAUACCACGGAAUUUGUACUCCAGUGGAUUAAACCGUCCGCUAUUAAAGGGAAAGACGAAUAUGUGCGAACGUUAUUCGAGCGUUUUGGUUUAUCCUGCAUCCGCAAAGAGAUCCCAUAUACCAAACCGCAUGCAGUCCAUGGACCCUGCAAGCCCAAAUGCGCAAAGUGCCGAGUCUAUGGCGCAAUUCGAAAUGAAGAACUCCACGUUUAUAAAAUGGACGGGGGCGAACGGUACGAAGUUACGUGUGCGCUGUGUGGGGUAGACAUCGAGUGGAAGGAAAUGCAGCGACAUGUGCGAACAGUGCACAUAGAAUCGAAGUGGGAUGUUUGUCGGUGCUGGGCUCCUUUACAUGGUCGCUAUGCUCCAAAAAUUCCGCACGGAGUUAGCUGUCCGCUACGGACCUUCCCUUUGUUGACAGGAAAGCGCGGGGAAUGUAACCGGCACAAACCCUUCCCUCCUACGCUCAAAACCCACGCCCCGCCGCCCUUUCCGGAUAGAAAAGAGACCGUACGGGUUAAGUUGGAUCUGGCUGUUCGAAAUGGCCGAGCUUCGUGGGUGCUGUCGUGGCCUUUGUGAAGUCUCCGGGCGCCGUGCGGAUUUGUUUCUUUUUUAACUUGGAAAUUACUACAAUUGUCGGUUGACCGACAGAUACUUGUUCUUCUGUUACUUCACCGCGAACGCGUUAUUUCGUUUGUAAAGAGAAUUGUUUUGACGGGCGCUUUUGUUGUGACUUGUUGCUUUGGAAAGCAACGGAUUGACAAGUUAUAUGGAUUUUGAUUCAUUGGAUAACUUAGAUACAGAUUCUGUGUUGAUAUAAAUUACUAUGCUGAUCUGCUGCCAAAAUCAUGCCGUCGGCACAUUUUAUGAUAAUUGGCUUAACAUUUGAGGUAUGUUGAUA